AGAACCCUAGCAACGAUGGCGUGCGUCCAGGCGAUCGCGCGCUGGAAUGCAGCCGCGCGCGAGCACGUCAUUGCCGAUCCUGGUAAGCGCACAGCUCUGCCUCUCCACUCCGUAUCCGAUGAGUCCAAGAAUUUGGCGGAUUGCCUCCAAUCUCACAAGAAAGCGCGCAAUCUCCUGGCCAUGGCGCGCGAUCCGCCCCGGAAGACCACGUACAGGCUCGCCGUGAGAGAGCUGUGCAAUGCCGGGGAUCUAGACGCCGCUCACAGGGUUUUGGAUCUCAUGGAAGAGAAAUUCCAGGCCAGGGACGUGAUAGCUUGCAGCGCUGUGAUCCACUGGUGCUUCCAGAGCAAGAAAUAUGGAGAAGCCUACGAGCUCCUCAAAUCCGCCAUCGUUGGAGGCUGCCGUCCAAACGUCGUGACAUAUGGAGUGGUGAUCGAGGGACUUUGCAAGGCGCGGCGGCUCAAAGCCGCGCUGGAGCUCCUGGAGGAGAUGAUCCUUGGCGGAGCUGUGGCUCCAAACGUGGUGAUCUUCAACAGCGUCGUGAAUGGAUUUGCCAGAGCCGGGCAUUUGGAUGGCGCUCUUGGGACUCUCCGGAUGAUGAGAAAGGCUGGGUGUGAUCCAGACGAGAUGUGGGACUCGGGGAUUCGUCCCGGCGUGGUUGCUUACAACACGAUCAUCUCGGGGCACUGCAAGUCGGGGGAUGUGGAUGGCGCUCUCGAGAUCUUGAGCUUGAUGAAAGGUAGAGGUUGCUGGCCGGAUCUCUUCACGUACUCGACGCUCAUCGCUGCGUUUCUAAAACUUGGCAGGGAUCGAGAGCUCCGGAAGUUUGUCAACGUUCUAGUUUCACGGACGUCGAUUCCUCCUCUCGUGGCAACUUACGAGCCUCUGAUACAGUCGCUGUGCAAGAGGCAGAAGAUCCACGAGGCCUUAACGCUCCUGGAUCAUAUGGUGAGGAGUGGACGUCCUCCAGAGAUGGCUGAGACUUACAACAAUGUCAUCGCGAGUUUCUGCGAGGUGUGCAACGUGAGAAAGGCCAAGGGGAUUCUAGAGCUGAUGAUCGAUAGCGGAUGCAAGCCAGACGUUGUCACUUACAACACUUUGAUCAGCGGGCUCUGCAAAGUUCGAAGAGCCGACGACGCUUUGCAGCUCAUGCGAGAGAUGGAGCCAGCUCCAAACACGAUCACGUACAACACCGUCAUCAACGGACUCUGGAGGUCCAGGAAGGAUACAGAAGCUCAGGCUUUGCUGGACGAGAUGAUCAGCGUGGGGUGUCCAUUCAGCGUCUCGACUUACAACUGCGUUAUCGCGAAUCUCUGUCGGUCUCGCGAGAUGGAGAAGGCAGUGGACGUCUUUCUCUACAUGAGGAAGAAGAAAUGCGAAACGGACGAGGUAACUUUCGCAACGCUGGUGGACGGGUUUCUCCGAGACAAGAGGUUGGAGGAUGCUGGUGGAACGCUGGACUGGAUGGCAAGAGCAGGGAUUCCCUCGGAUGUUAAAAGCUACACCAAGCUUCUCAACGCUCUAUGCGACAGAGGCUCUGCUCAAAAGGCCUGCGAGAUUUUCAACCUGAUGGUGGACCGAGGAUACGCUCCAACUCUCGUGAGCUACAACGUUUUGCUCAAAGGGCUGUGCAAGGCACUCAGGGUGGAGCACGCGCUGGUGUUGUUCAGGGAGAUGCAAGAAAGAGAAAUCCAGCCGGACGUGGUGAGCUACACCACAGUUAUCAAAGGUCUCUGUGCUGCGCGAAGAAUCGACGAAGCCAUCGAUUUGUUUCGAGACACCAGUUUCUUGGAGCCAAAUGAUAUCACGCACGAGACACUGAGGAUUGGACUUGAGAAGUCGGGCCGCCUGGAAGACUAUUCUUCGGUGACAGGAAGAAAGGAUCAAAAUGCAUGACGCUGACCCCGUACACUUUUAAGGGUUUGUUCUUUCUUCGUUCUCAUGGCUACUGACUUUACUAUCAGAGAAGCUGUGAAGCAA